AGAUCCAAAACAGUGCCCUUAGCGGACUGAAAGGCCGAUUGCCACAUCGGCAGUAAACCUGUUCAGCAGACUGUGGUUUAGUUUCACUUCUACCUGGACCUCGUGCAGGGAAAUAGGGAAUCAGGGAAACAAUCACUGAACCUUGACGACCUCGCGUUCAACACUUCAUUCCGCACAUUCCAUUAUGGUCAAAUCCAGUCUCUCCGAAGAGCAGCAGAGAAAGCUGCUGUCUCUCUUUGGUCGUGUCAGACUUCACCUCCUCUACAAAACCAGCGUCCACGGCCUUGUUGAUGGUUACCUCGCACGCUGCAGCAAACAGGGACCCACGGUUGUUGUCGCCUACAACUCUAGUGGAUUUGUUUUUGGAGCAUACACCUCCAAGAGCUACGUUCAGUGCGGACAAGAUAUCUAUGAUAAGGAGGCUUUCCUCUACAGCAUCAGUCCAAAAAAAGACAAGCCAAUAAAGGUGACCGGUAUCCCUGGACAGCCUGCCUUCACUGAUGGAAACUUUGGUCCACAUUUUGGUGCCCUCUCGUUCCUGUAUGGCAAUCAACCUCGAGUCCAUUCCAACCCAGGACAAUGGUUUAACAUUAACAGUGCAGCUAUGCAUGGAGGAGACAUGGCGCUGACUGACACUGAAGUGUUUCGAGUUGAAGAUCUGGGCGACCUGCUGGAUAAACCCUGGAGGACCAUCCAGUGGACUGCUGAGCGAAAGCAGGCCUUAAGAAAAUUCAUCCAGAGCUACAGGACCGAAAUCAAAACAGUCCAUCAAGCCCGGGUGCUGCUGGUCGGCCAAAUUGGCUCUGGCAAAUCCAGCUUCUUCAACUCCCUCAACUCGAUUUUUCGAGGCAACAUGACAUAUCAGGCCAACGCUGGGAUUGAGGAUGGGAAGAGUGUAACUACUCAGUUUCGCAGCUACUCCAUCAAAGCAGGUAAAGGAGGUGGUGCUAUUCCUCUGAUCCUGUGUGACACCAUGGGGCUGGAUGAAAGCGCAGACCUUGGUAUAGAUGUUGAUGACAUCAUCAGCGUCUGCAAGGGCCACGUCAAGGAUCGCUACCAGUUCAGCCCUGCUGCUCCUCUUCAGGAGAACUCUCUGAGCUACAGGAAACACGUGACUCUGAACGACCUGAUCAGUUGUGUAGUUUACGUAGUCGACACCUGCAAGGUUUCUGUCCUGGGCCAAAAAAUGCUGGACAAUUUCGCUGCCAUUCGAAAAAGGACCAACCUGCUUGGAAUUCGCCAGAUACUUCUGAUGACUAAAGUGGACGAGGCCUGUCCACUGGUGGCAAAAGACUUGAAGAACAUCUACCGCAGUGUUUACAUCCAGCAAAUGGCACGGCGGCUGAGUGACAGUCUGGGCCUCCCCUUGUCCAACGUCAUUCCCGUGAAGAACUACAGCGACGAGCUGGACCUGGACCAGGACAUUGACAUCCUGCUGUUGGGGGCUGUGGAGCAGAUGCUAAACUGCUCGGACAGCUUCUUUGAGAACCUGGACAUCGAUGAGCAGCAGAACGAUCAGGAGGAGCUCUACAGAUCAAGCGAUCACCCCCGACCAGCCUUCACAGAACGCACUGAGCAACGCGUGGUGUGAUGGACAGACCUGAAACAUAUCAAUCAGUCGGUCCGUUAGACUUAAGGAAAUAUGUAGAGUUGGGAGUUGUUCACUUAAAGGGUUCAAUUACUUUUACUUACCUUCACAUAUUCACAAUUUUGUGCUGCCAUAAAAAUAAAAAGGCACUCGUUCAAAUC